CAGGCCACGCCCCCCACGGCGGGGCGAUCCCGGCCUUUCCCGACCCUGCCGCGCGCCGUCGUUCCCGGCGUGCCCCGCGCCCGCCAUGGCCGACAUGUUCGACGGGAUCGUGAUGGCCGAGCAGCGGUUCCACGGUGAGGGGUAUGAGGAGGGAUAUGCCGAAGGCAGCCACAUUGGAAUUGCUGAGGGAAGGAGGUAUGGAUCGCUCCACGGCGCCAAGAUCGGGUCGGAGAUUGGCUGCUACCUUGGGUUUGCACUGACAUGGCACUGUCUGCUCCAGAAAUGCACAGAUGAAAAGAGCAGCAAAAAGAUAAGGGCUCUGGAGUCAUUAAUAGGGAUGAUUCAGAAAUUCCCAUAUGAAGACCCCACUUAUGAUAAGCUGCAGGAAGAUCUGGAAAAAAUCAGAGGAAAAUUUAAACAGGUAUGUUCAAUGCUAAAUAUUCAGUCUGAUUUUAGAAUUGGUACUGAAAGAUCUUCACUAACAUUUUGAAUACAACAGAUGAAGAUAAACGUGGAUGACCAAAGAAAAAAACAUUAAAAGAACAGAACUGGAAAAGUGUUUUAUCUAUUUUUUAUUUUUUAAAAAAAAUCAAAAUAGUGAAGAGGUGCUAAAUAUUAAAGGGCAAAGGGAAAACCAUUGGACUUGCAGUGUGUCAUUUAACAUUUAUUAUCUCCAAGUUUUAUUUAGGAUCACUGAAACACUAGUGUGUAAACCUGUUGAAUAGAAAUAUUUGCUUUAGUUCCUCAAAAGGAAAACACAUGCAUUUGCAAAGUUUCCUUAUUUAAAGGAUGUAUUAUGUUAAUUAAAGAUCUGUGUGUGCAGAUUGUUGAGUUUACACAAUGUGUAGGUGAAGUAAAAUAUAAUCAGUUCCCAGUUUUUGUGGGUAAAGGAUAAAAUGACAAAUGAAGUCAGAAAGCAAAGGAGGAAGAGUAAGAUCCCUGCCCAUAAAUUGGCUGCAGCUCACAACGUGGAAUUUGCACUUGGAUUUUCCAAUAGUUUGGGUGGGGGAAGGGAGGGAUCUCCCAAACCCCCAAAAUCUAAACCCCAAAAGGCAGCAAUUUAAGUGAUAGGUUAGAAAAACAUGACUACCAGAAGAGGUGUGCUUCUAAUUUAAUGUAUUUACUAGUACGUUUUGUCACAGAGUGGCUUUUUUGUUUUCCAGUCUUGAAAAUGAACCCUUUAGUCUCCUUCCAAUAAAUGGAUGCUGUGAGCUAAAUGUAUUUAACUGUGUUAGUUGAAGAGAAAUACAGCCAAUUAUUGUACCUGAAAGAUACUUUGAAGACAUUUUUUUUUGUUUAAUUGUUUUAAACAUCUCUGAUACAUUCAGGGAGGGUCAGGGCCAUCUAGUGGAGGAGAGAGUUGUGUAAGAAAUAGAUUAUAAGAGUUCACAAAUAUAUAUAUAUAUAUAUAUGAAUGAAGUUGUUGGAGAGUACAGAACACAGGCACUCAUGUCACAGCUCUCCUGAUUAUGUGGUGAAUUCCUUUGGAAUUAAGGUAGGAUUCAUUUGUUGCUUGUUUCCUCAUUUGAGACCUUGGCAGGGCAGUUUAAAGUACAGUUGGCUUUUAAUUUUUAAGCAGCCAGGCCACUGGGAACCAGAACAAGCACCAAACUGCAAGCACCUGAAAACAGAAGCAGAAUAAAAUAAUAUGUAAUCUCAAUAAGGAAAUGGGCACAAACCAAAAAGAUUACAUUACUAGAGAGGACAGAGCUAAUUUGACUUUAUAAUCACUUCAGAGGAACCCAGGUUUCAAAAAGUUGUCCCUGCAUCCACAAAUGAGUUUAUUUUUACAAAAUUAAAUAUUUUACCCCUUUACUUCAAAUUAGUGAAAAAGGUGCCACUUAUUCAUCUGUGAUGAACUUUUUUAGACCAAGAUCCAGGGGGAUUCAAAGCAUAAUUUGUGGUUUUCAGCAAAAGGUGUUUUGAGUCUGUUUUACUCUGAACGAUAGUACAAAGAGAAGUGAAACUAAAUAUUAAUGUUUUUAAAUGCAGCCUUUUUUUGAAUCACUGUGCUUGGUUUGUAAAAAUGUAUGUAAAAGCCAAGGGGAAGGUUGUGAGAGGUCAAAGUACCUGUGAAGCAUUUGGUUACUGGAAGUGUGUGAUACCUCAGUGACAUGCAAAGUGCUGCUCCAGAGAUGGUUUCAAACAAAAUUAUUCCUACUCAACUCAGGAGAAAAAGGAUCUUUGGCCAUCAAGUGGCCAGUGACUGUUAUUUUGAAUAUUGGUUUGGUGGCUGAUUUUUCUUGUAUUGCUGUAAUUUUAUUUAUAACAAAAUCUGUAUUAUUAUGAUAAAUUAUUAUACAAAUGUGUAUAUACACGUAUUUAACAAUAAAUGUUGUGUCAGCCAGGUUUUCAGGCUGGGAUAUAUGAAGUUUAGGGUUGCCUAAUAGGUCUUUAAUUCACUUUCAUAUGUGUGGACAUACUGAUGGAGCCUCUUAUUCCAUGAGUCUGUAUUUUUCUGAAUAUCUUGUGUCAUAUCUUGUAUGGGCCUGAUUUGGUUUAUUAAAUGAGGUACAGUUAAAGUUG